CUUGUGACAAAACUAUUGGAUGCUAAAUAGUGGUUGCUAUAGCAACAUUUUGCUCGUGAUGCCAAGUUUAAAUGACGGUCGAGAUAUUAUGCAAAGUGAUGAUUUAUUCCAAACUUCUUAUGGAGUUCGACAUCACUGGAGGAAAGGGUUUUAUUUCCCUGAUUCUGACACAAUGGCCAAACUUAGUAAAAGACUUACAUGGAGUUUAGAGCCCGAAUCUGCAGUUAAGUGUGACGAUCAGUAUCAAACGUCGAACAGGCUUGCGUACGAUCGGAAGGUCUCGAAGGAUUAUUUAAAGUGUCCACAAAAUCCUCUACCACCUCAUCAUUGGGAUGUUCACUACAUAAAUGAUUUUCGUUCACGAUUUCUCCGUGGAGGCUACAGAAGACCGCUAAGCUUAAGUCAUCAGACAACUGAAACAAAAGAAUCGUAUGGUAGUGUUGAUGGGCUCAGUGGACUGUGGCGUCCAUUAUCAAUGCGACCUUUUGAAAUUGAAGAUCAUCAUAAGGACGGACCAUCCAAAAACAUCAUCCCGUCUACUAAAAACGCUAGUUUAUCAGGCAGAGUGUCAUAUCCCAAGGACAAAGAAAUAUUAAGAUACAUGGAUCCAUAUCUUACGACAUAUAUGAAAGACCAUAGGGUUAGGAAACCUGAAGAACUAAAGGAAAUAUCUCAAAAGAAUAUACCGACAUACUGGGAUUCUACAGACUACUUGAAGUCAAACGUGUUUGGUUUAGACUCCAAACCAAUAAUAAAAGAAGGCAUUGAAAACGAAAAACAACCUAUGAUUGACACACUGAAGUUUAAUUGUCCGACAGAAAGCACUAGAGUACAACCGAUUUCCCAUCAUGUAGCACAUACAGGUUUUGAAAGCACUUACCAGUCGGAAUACAAACAGCCCAACAGUAUAUUAAGAAAAGCGGAUAAAGUGUGCCCAACAGAAACACCAUUCAUUUUGCCAGAUCCUGGAACUGUCCUAGCUCAUGCUGCACCAAAUAUGUAUAAAACGGAAUAUUCUGUUAUAGGUGAAUAUAAAAAAACAAUACUGUAAAAGUUAACUGGUAAGUAGUAGAAGGAGCUAAUUCACUCAGUUCUACAUUGUAUGUCCGCGUACAUACACACACACUGACGUACUUAUUAUCAAGUUCGAUUAAACAGAUGUAAAAAUUAUAAGUUUGUGAAAUCAAACUAUAAUGUAAUACCUUUCAAUCGAAUUAUAAUUUAGAAUAUCAAAAUAGAUUUAUUUAAAAUAUUACAAAGGAUAAUUUUUCUCUCAAUACUUUCUAUUUUAAUCAAAUUAACAUAAUAAAUGCUUUUGUUUACUUGUGCUAUAGUUUAAGAUGAUAUAUAUAUGGCUGGUGUCAAAAACCUCGGCAAAAUCACAAGUAUAAAUUAAUAUAUCAUGUUUACCAGGUGGCUGUCGGGACUCUUAGCUAAGUGGAUAACGCGAUGGCGUUUGAAGCGAACGGCACUGGGUUCGAGUCCCGGAGUGAACUUCAACUCGGAUGCAGGUACAUCCAGCUAAUGAGUCCUGAAUAGGGGAAACGUGCGUCUUGGGUUACGCUGCUAGCCACUAUCCAUCUUUGUUUAAAGAACUUGUUACUUCAGACUAUAUCGAGGCAAUCCGCACAGUAUGCACAUAUGCCAACAUGAGCCUGAUCAAUUGCAGUCCUAAAUAGCAAUGGGAAGAUACAAGUAAAACAGCACCAAGUGAAUUUACGUUUAUUUUGUUUCGUUUGUUUUACAUAAUCAAAUAUGCUAUUACAUAAACCCAUAAGUCAGUAGAUUGAAUAUUAAGUAUGGAAUUGGAAUUCAUCUUGACAGUAUACUCCAUAGUUUAUUAUUACAGGUAUUUUAAAUGAAGUGCGUAUGACAUAAUAAACAAUCGGAGUUUGUUUCCAUCGAUGGCUCUUUUUAAGCUCUAUUGAGACCAACUGCAUUUAGGAGAGUCUUUGUCAAUUUCAUGUGAUUGCAGGUUACGAAGAGAAAUUAUUUCAUUACAGUUUUUUUUCAUUUGCCUGACACAUCCGCACUUCGAGUAGAAAUAAGUAGUAAAAUAACGGUGCUUCUUUCAAAUUCGUCAGUUUUAUUCUCUCACUCACCCACAAACAAGAAACAAAAAAAUGACAUGAACAGGAAAGGAAAUUCAAUCUGAAUAGCAUCAUUCUGUACCUAUGGUAAUCAAUUGCGGUCACUUAGUAGAGAUAUCGACAUCAUAAGUGUUUAAGUUCAUUUCCAUAAAAAUAGUCUAUACAUUAUUGAUCCAUGAUAAAAUCUGUUCUUACCUUUUUACACAUUAGACCAGAUACUUACGAAUUAGAAAGGAGUAAUAUGUGUGAUCAUUUUUUUCAGAAAAAUGUAUAUUCCUCCUACUUAGAAAUUUAAGCAUAGUGUGAUUAUAUGAAGAUCACUGUGAAUCGAAGAUUGAAAGUUGGUUGAAGUACCUUGGAAAUAGCUUAAAUACAAUCUACGCCACUUAAUAAUAGUUGGUAGUAUACAUGAAAAUAAAUUGAACGACCAGGUAUACUAGUUAGUAUGUUUGGGUUGAAAAUCAUGUCGGCGUUUUAAUAGUCAUGAGAGCUUUUGCAACAUAGAAAAUACACGGAAGAUGAAACGAUAGGACACCAACUCUUUAACUGAUUUCAAUUAAUGAGCGCUAAAUCUGAUAGUUAUAUUUUAGCAUCAUUCUUAAUGCGUCUUUUGAGUAUAAGAACUAUACUACUUAAUAGUGACUAGUAGCUCCAGUUGUAUUUUAUUUUUCAAUACGACUUUCAGCAUCACAACGGCUGAUUUGCCCAGCUGGUUUAUACCUCUUUUCCGAGGUUUACUUAGACUUUUCUCUUUGUUAUAGUAAUACCAUCCUUUUUUCUCACUUAGUUUCCAUUAUGUGCAAGACUUUUUGAAACUAUAUUCUUUUUAAAAUGAUGACCUAAAUUGUUGUUUGACACGGUUAAGUGCAGUUUUAUGACUGAGAUUAAGUGCUAUAAUUCUACUAAUGAAGUAGCUGAUGUCCAGACAAUACAAUCCGAUAGUUGCAAAUACUUAGUACAUAUGUAACUUUCCAUAAUAGUAUCAAAUUAUUGAACAAAUAUCGUCAUAUGUUUUCGCAUGAUUUACCUGUAUAAGCCGUAAAACCUAGUGAUCAUUAAUCAGCUAUGUGUGGCUGAGACUAUCCAUCACAUAGAUAUUGAACAUUUAGUAUACUAUUAACAUCCACAAUAGAAGAAAACAAUAAGUUCACCAGUAGUAAAUUAUAAAACGGAUAUUAUUAUAUUUAUGACCGAAACUUCUGAACCUUAACAGUGACAGCUCGUUAUUCACCAUCAUGUAUCGUUAGCAAAAAGGUCACCUUUUGAAUUGAAGUAUUAAAAUACUAUGAAGCAACAAUAAAAGUGGAUUUUUGUGCUUCUGAUGAGUUACACGUUGGCUCAGAGGUAUAAAUUAGACAGAAUAUAUCACAUCACAUAUAUAUCAUAGGCCUAUUGACUGACAGAUUGUUAAGGACGUAUUGAUUGAUGACUAGUAGUUAGUUCAAACAUUUGUUCAUAUUUCUACAUAUAUAUUUAUAUACGACUAUCUAUGUAUACAUGCCUUUAUUCAUAUAUAUAAUCGUCAUCUGAGCAACAAUCAAAUCACACUUGACGGAGAAGAUUUGGAAGGUGUAAAAACCUUCACAUAUCUGGGCAGCAUCAUUGAUGGAGACGGUAGAUCUAAUGAAGACGUGUAUGUGCGGAUCGACAAAGCAAGAGCAGCAUAUCUAAAACUGAAAAACAUCUGGAACUCAAAACAACUGUCAGAAUUUUCAGUACAAAUGUCAAGACAGUUCUACUGAAUGGGGCGGAAACUUGGAGAACUACUACAACCAUCAUCCAGAAGAUACAAGUGUUUAUUAACAGUUGUCUAUGCAAAAUACUUCGGGUCCGUUGAUCAGACACUAUCAGCAACAACCUACUAUGGGAGAGAACAAACCAGAUUCCAGUGGAGGAAAAAGUGCUGGAAGUGGAUAGGACACACAUUGAGGAAAUCACCCAACUGUGUCACAAGGCAAGCCUUCACUUGGAAUCCUCAAGGUCGAAGGAGAAGUGGAAGACCAAAGAACACAUUACACCGAUAAAUGAAGACAAACAUGUGAAGAAUGAAUGACAAUUGCAUAAAACUAGAAAGGAAGGCUCAGGACAGAGUGAGUGGGUUUGAGAAUAGUGGUCGGCGACCUAUGCUCCAUUGGGGGGUGACAGGCAUAAGUGGGAACCAGAAACUACGUAUGCCACUGUGGAUGACAAACUACAAAAUAUUCCGAUAGAACAAUGAGAAGACGGAGUUGAUCUGAGAAAUGUAAUGUAUUUACGCUUUACAUUUCGAACAAUCUGGUCACACAUAUAUUUGUCAGGGCAUUUUAUAUGAAAAUUAAUAAAGGUCAAUUAAAUGAAAGUUCAAGUAAAAAAGUAACAAAGGGGAGAGAAAGAAUAAGAAAUUGUCGCGUUAUCUUAGGCCAUAGAAUGACUUGAGGAUUACCAGGGUAAAUUCAAGGUUACGACAAAUUGCAUUUGUACACAUAAGGGGGAGGAAUUAAAUUUACGAAUAGCCAAGGCUUCAGUAGACUUGAGAAUUCGUCCUUGACAAUUUGUAUAAAACGUUUUAAAAGCUGUAUGAAUGUCAAUUUUGUGCUCCGUUUCAAUUAUACAUUUCGCUAUCGAUGAACAUGGUUUUCUACCUCCUAUCGGAUCACUUGAUACUAAUUGGUUUUGAAGCCAUCUAGUCACAUAUUCAAUGACCCCUUGAUUGCAUUGUUCGAUUACUCCUCCUUAUGUAUGUGUGUCCAAACAAACAUGUAAAGUGGUAAAUACAAUGAGAUGUAAAGUAUUCAUUUGUGCAUUGUCUAGGUCUAUUUGGAAUCAUGGGCUUAGACUUUUCAAUCACAACCAAUUGAGCAGCAUAAUAGGUUUUCUCUAUGGCUGCUUUCAAUCUCUGUCUUAAAACUAAACUAUUGGAUUCACCUCUAUAUGGUGGAUGGAUAUAAACUUUUUUCUUUGGAACCGAGAGUGAGUGAUUCAAUGAAGAGAAUUUUUUUGUAAAACUCAUUCUCGAAGCCGCAUGGUAUAUAUCGUAUACAUUAGUCUUCAGUCUUCAGAAAUAAGGAUAGGAGAUCUGUCGACCUAUAUUAAUCCUUGCAGUUUAUAAUACUGUGGAGGUCCAAUCUCGUUUUGAAUAUAUUAACAGACGGUGCUGAUAUUACGUGUUCCGGUAGGGAAUUCCAGUAAUUCACUACUCGAUGCGAGAAACGGAACUCUAGACGUAAAUAAAUAACAACUCACAGUAUGUGUAUUUUAUAACAAUAAAUAAUCACAGUCAUAUACAAACAAAACAAACCAAAGUAUACAAUUCCAUCUUUCUUAUUUUGUGAGUCAACACGAAAUUGUUGACAUGUGAAAAAUUAAUAGGGAAGACCAUAUAAACCAGCCAAAAGUGAAUAAUUUUGUUAAGGAAUCUCAUCAUACGAUGCAAUUUUUAAAAAAUGCCUCGAAAAGUAGAAUGAUAAGUUCUAGGACAAUAGAGAGAGGUAGUUUGUGAAAACUGUGAAUCACAAUUUAGAAAAAAGGUGUUGAAAAAGUCAUUUUGAACCCAUAGUUCAGGUUUCCUUACGCGUAUGAUGUUAAUAUUGUAAAGGUAACGAAAACGUGCUACUUUGUGGCGUUUCUACUUACCUUGCGAAGGAAUGUAUGUACCCCCAUCAAGUAUAUGUCGAAAUUUUGUAUAUAAAAAAUGUAAUUGUCAAAUUGUACAACGUAUUCAUUCAUUCAUUCAUUCAUUUCUUAUAUAUAUAUAUAUAUAUAUUCAUAAGGUUGACAAGUUCAUCUAACCUUUUAAUAAUCUGUGUAGGGAGUCUUCUUUUCAGAAAUUUGAAACAAUUAAUUAGUCCCUUUGAUGAAUUUCGAUAAUGCAAUGAGAAGACAAAGUUUAUCAGAAUUAUGUGAUAUAAUGGCGCAAUACAUUUCAAACAAUCUGAUUACAUAUAUAUACUUCCAAUGGUCAAAUCAGAUCAUAGGAUAGAUAGAUAUAAUCCUCGAUUGUGAAACAUUUGAUUGAGACUAGUCAUAAGGUUGACAUCAAGUCAGAAUUUCGCAGUGUUGUACAAAAGCCUUCAAAAUGACGUAUACUAAGGUUUGUUGAAGCCUUGGCUAUACGGAAACUUAAAAUAAUCAUCACAAAACAUUAAGAUCAUUACGUAAUAAGUGUGUAAAUAAUUAGAUAGUGAAGAAUACAAACGGGAAGACGUGGAAAGUUACAAAUAAAUACCAGUUGUGAAAAUAAUGCUAAUGGUAACAUAAAUUAAAUUAAAAAAAGUCAUUUGUUAAGUUAUAUUCGGCCAUAGAAGAGAUAAGGGGUCACGAAUUUCUUCUGUACACAUAAAUUGGGGUUAAAUGUACGAAAUCCUUUAGCUUCAGCUAUAUGUAAGAGACGGGAAAGAACUCUGUUGGGAAAUGAUGGACGUAUACGACAAAUCACUCGAAAUGAUUUCGAUUAUCCCCUUUAUACGUACAAAAACGAUUUGUCUUUACACUUAACCUACCCUGGUAAUACUGAUUUAUUAUCUAGUAUAGUUAUCACGUUGUUUUUGUGUACUCUAUUAUUAUUAUUUCUUUAUUACGGUAUACUUUUCAUUUGUCUAAUUGACCUUUUAGUUUUCAUAUCAAAAUGUCUUAACAAGUAUACCAUGUGUGUGUGUGUGUGUGCAAUCAAAUUGUGCAAAGAUAUCAUCACAUAAUUCUAAUAAACUGUGUCUUCUUCGUCUUGUAUUAUCGAAAUAAUAUAAAUUUUCACUAUCAUAUUUAUGUGAUAUAUUUCAAAGUGAUCUUCUUUUAAUGAAUAAACAAAAAUUGUUUAUUCAUGAAAUAUUUUGUUGUUCAAUAACACAAUUGAGCAUUAGCAACAGAUUGAAAGUGAAGUAAUCGAUUGUUACCACUCAAAUUAUUGAUCCAACCUUGCUUGGUCUUAAUAUUUUUUCGAUUUUUAUGUGUGUAUUUAAUACUAAUAACUGGUCAAUAUUUUCAUUUUCAACCAAUAAAUCUUCUCCAUUUACGAUCGAAUUUAAGUAAAAUAAACCAAUCACAAUGUAAAUUGUUAAAUUCUAUUUUAAUUGGUUAAACAAGAAGUGAUAGUGGAAAGAAAUAAGACAAUGAUUUUACCCAUUUAGAUGAAAGGAGUUUUAUCGAUUCAUAUUGUUUCAUACAAGAAUUUCAAGUCUUUAUGCAAUUAUCACCAUUCUUUCGUAUGCUUCUUAUAUACACGAUCGGUAUGUUUGGUGGAGGACUAAUUGUCCACCUCUACUAUGUACAACAUGAAGAGGAUUUGUAUACAGCAGCACUGUUUGCAGCCAAGUCACCGAAAUUGACAGCAAACGAUAAUACAUAUAAACAGUUGAUUCUUUCGAACGACUCAAUACACGAACAUGCAUUACAACAUUUAGCCGAGGCAACAUUGGCUAACGUAUUGGCUAAACAAGUACGUGUGUUCUGUUGGAUACUAACAAUGCCAGCGAAUCAUAAAUCAAAAGCUGUUCAUGUGAAAGCUACGUGGGCUGGUCGAUGUAAUAACUAUUUAUUCAUUAGUAGUGAAACUGAUUCGCAUCUUCCUUCAAUAGCUGUUAUCAAUGCUGAAGGUCGCAACUUAUUGUGGAAUAAAACAGCUGGAGCCAUAAAAUACAUGGCAAAACAUUAUGCCAAUGAUUACGAUUACUUCAUGAAGGCGGAUGAUGAUUCAUAUGUGAUUGUAGAGAAUCUGCGCAAAAUUUUACAUAAAGAAAAUCCCGAUAAACCAUUUAUCAUGGGCAGACGAUUCAAGCCAUUUGUUAAACAAGGAUAUAUGUCCGGUGGUGGAGGAUAUGUGCUAUCUCGAGCUGGUCUUUUGAAUAUCGCUAAUGGUUUGGAAAAUAAUGCCGUUUGUCAAAGUAAUAAACAUGCAUUCGCUGAAGAUGUGAAACUUGGAUCUUGUGCUGAAGCUACAAAUGUUUCAGUAAUUGAUAGUCUAGAUGCAGAAGGACGUGAAUGCUUUCAUCCGUUCUCUCCAUCACAUAUGCUUACAAAAGACACAAACGGCUACCCAGAAUGGUACCUAAAGUACAAUUACCACAGAAUAGAUACAGGAUUCGAUUGUUGCAGUGAUUAUGCUGUCUCAUUUCAUUAUAUUAGACCUGAAGAGAUGUAUCUCUAUGAAUAUAUGCUGUAUCAUCUACAUCCUUAUGGGAUACAUCGAGAUUAUAUGGAUUUAAUGAAUUAUUUACAACAGAAUAGAAUUUCCUGAUACAAUAUCACUAUUAUUAUUAUUAUUACUAUUACUGAGGUAUUCCUUUCAACCGCCUUGUAUUUCUCUUACAAAAAUGUAAACAACACAGUGAACGUGUUUGCUGGAAAUUCAUCAUGGUUGUGCAAACUGUUUAUAUGUUGUCCAUCAUGCACUCGUAGUUCUGUCUUCCAAUUGCUAUUUCUCUCUCACACACAGAUACAAAGACGCAAAAGAUUCUUUGAUUUUUGAAAUAACCCUUCCUUCCUCUCUUUCGUUCACUUUCUCAGACAUUCACCUCGUUUACACGUCACUGUAAAAUACCUAUGAUUGAUAUUAUUAGUAUUUCUGUCUUCCCUCAACCUCCAAGUACAUAUCAAUCGGUAAACCGAUCAAUCCACUAAUUAUUGUAUAGACAACAGACAAAGAAAUUCCAAGACGAGACAUGCUCAAUAAAUAAGUUAAUGAAAAAUCAACUGAACUCCACCCAUUACAAAUAUUGUAUUACUAUUAUUGUUAUUGUUAUUAUUAUUAUUAUUAUAAAUCUUCCUCAUAGCUUGUCUAUGUAGACUUGUUUUAUUUACUAAAUAAUUGUUUGUAUUGUGAAAUCUAUUUGUUUCUAUUUUUAUUGUUUUUUUAUUUCUUUCCAAAUAUUGGUGAUCAGUAGAAUAACAUUUUCAAUAUUAUCAGUUGAGAUGAGAAACGUUUUUCAAACUUUCGUGUGUUUCUACCUGUUUGUUUUACAUUUGCAUAUGGAACUUCACCCGGCAUUGACCAGUAGCAAGAAGGUAUGCUGCUGUGAAAUGUCAUAUGUAUGUAAUUUUUGUAUGAAGAAAGUUCCAUCCUUUUUUUCAACUGUGCAUAUUCAAAGGGAUAAAAACAGAACACAUACAUGGAAGUUUAUAGACACGUAAUGGAAUAAAAGAUGGAGUUUGUUCUUUCACUAAAUUCAAGUGUUUUUAGUGGCCCGUGGAUCUGACUCCAUUUAGAUUGUAAGAAUGUUUGUUAUCACCUAUCCUCGUAUACAAUCAUCAACUUAAAUCACGUUAGUCAAUAACGGAAUUUAGAUAAGUCAAUUAACGAGAAUGACCUUUGAAUACAUAUAUUUUGUAUGUAAAGUGAAUGCAAUAGAACAAAGCAAAAUGACGCGCAGGGGAGAUAGCUGGUAAGCAAACUCAUUUUUAGCCAGGCGUUACUCAAUAUUUAUAGGCAGACAAAAUAAACUACAAACAUGGGAUAUGAAGUGUACACAAAUAUGCGCUCAUAUAAAAAAACAGUCAAGAUUGAUAAGCGAAUAAUUGACAAGGUCAAAAUAUGACUCAAGUAGAAUGAAUAGAUUGGGCUGUCCGAAAGUUAGAAUAAAGUAUAUGGGCUUAACAUGAUGACUGACACUACAUGUUCAUCUAUUGCCUAUUUCCGCAUAUUGAAAUCUAUCAGUUCAAUCAGUAUUUUUCAUUAGUGUUCAAAUGAAUAAACAAGACUAGUAAAUAAUGCGAAAUCAGCUGGGGGGUACGCGAAGAGGUGUGUUGCUUGACGAGUCAUUACCACUAAAUAUUACUAUUAUUAACACAAGGAAAUUAGUCGUUUACAAUAUUAGAGCAUUUGCAUAAGAUGCUGAUUUAUUGUUAGAGAUCAAUCAGUGAGUGUGAAUCAACAAUUCGAUAACUAAGAUAUCAGAAACUACACAGGGGCAGUUGAUCUGCCUAAACCACAGUAUGGAUUGAGCACUGAUAUUUAUGAGAUUGAUCUGGAUUGCAUAUUAUGUACCAGUUGAACGGUUGAACAAUUAAUCACACAAUUUGGAAUUAUCACGAUGAGAAACUAGCCAUAAAGAAUGUCAAAUCAGUCGGAAUAACAGUGUUGAUUGUGACAGAACAUGAAACCAUAAGAUAUUUAAUCUGAAAGACAGUAAAGGAGGAUAUCGAGAAACUCGUUGAAUUGCCAAGUCAAUUAAUUCUGAGCAGUGCUUUUUGAAAGGAAAUAGGUUGCUUUUUGGGCUGUCUAAUCUAUGUAUUUUUGGAUAAUUUAAAUACAUGUGUAAUAUUAUACAUUGAAUGACCACUCCUAACGUCUUGUAAACUGGUCGCUUAGAACACUUCUGGUCUACUGAGCAAAUCAUGAUUACUAUUAUUCCAACUGAUGCUGUGAGUUGUAUUGCUAUAGUUAUCGUCAAGCAGUCAGUUAUUAACGAGCUUCACCGAUCAUCAUAAAAGAGCAAACAUUGAGAAGUGUUUGGUUUGAAUCCGAAUACCUUGUAGCUCCCAUACAUGUAGAAUUCUGUUUCCGUUACGUUUCCUACUUUAAGUUUGUUUUUAUACCGAACUGACAGUGUAAGUUUUUUUCUACAUGAGUAAUGACUUGUUGAGGGAUUUAUAAAUUUCGUUUUAUGUGUUACCGUUUAAAAAAUUACAAAUACCAUUUAAACUGAGUAGAAGUGAUAGAGAUUUAUUACGAUAACUUUCUUAUUUUACACCAUGGCCGUAUUGUCAUGCGAUGUAUGGAAAGUUGACAUCCUGGACUAUCUACUUACAGCGUCACUUUGGGACCCUGUUCAACCUAUGAUGAGACUCGUGUUUGGAUGGCUAAAUUGAUGAGUGAACGAAGACAAGCCUAAACCGAAUACUAUAUACUAGUGUCGUGGACGAGACUCAGGUGGGGAUAACCAAUUUACUAUUUAAUACAAACUUACAGAAUAUCUUUGUAAAAUACGAGGACCAUACAAGAAAUGCUUCAUUCACAAAUCUUCCAUCCAUUUUUCUUUACAUUCUGUCUGAUUCUUCCAAUUCACAAUUCCUUUAUAUUACCCUUCCUGUUUUCUUAAAUUCGAUGUUCUCAGUCUCCUGUUGCCAGCCAUUCAACUUCUGAUUGUUGCUACAUAAAACUCGUCUGCCGACAUAAGUGAAGUACACCACACUAGAACAGACCGACUAUCUAAUAGUAGUAACUCUUCUAAUUGAGCGCCACAUCCACUUUUUAAGCUGUUCUAGUAACACCCAGGCUUGAUCUACAAAGCAACUUGAACACGAGAGAAAUGGCGCGAGAUUUGGAAGAAACGCCUAACUCCAAAGGUUCGUUCAUAUACAGAAAAUCCAGUGUUUUUAUAGUAUUUUAGAUUGUGGUGGACCAGACGAUAUAUAAACGCAAAAAGUAUCAACAAAGUUAAUAAAAAGCAAUAGUAAUAUUAAUAUAUAUCAGUUAAAUGUUACAAAUACAAUAAAAAUGGGACUUUACUUAAGUUCACUCAAAAUGAUGCGUGUUCGGCUUUAAUCUGGUACAAUAAAUCCACAAUUAUAGAUGCUUGGUAAUUCCAAACGUAUCGAUGAACUCCCCAGUGGUGUAAUCCAAAGUAAGGUAUGGUGUAUUCGCUCUCACAAUCUAUGAAUGUAAAUAAUAUUUGUUUUAGAUCUCAGUUAACUCAAUCUCGAAUGAAAAUAGAACGAGGAAUGUGAGAGAAGCAGUGUAUUUGUUAGCCAGCAACGGUAUGUCACUCUAUGUUAGAAUCACAACGGAAAAAGUGUUCAAGGUCAUUUAUUAAAACAACAGGUACAAUCAUUUAAUGAUAAAUGUACAUGCGGUGAGAAAUUGACAAAUACAAAUAAUAUUAAAAACUAUUUACAAAAUAAGCUUGUCAGACCUAUCUCCACAAGAUAUCCUUGGGUUUCCGGAAAAUUCUGGAAUGCUACUGAACAUAGUAGCAGUAUGAGUAAUCGUCCAAUCAGAAACUCGACAUGUGACGUCUCACGUUCUAGAUGUUUCUGGCAAAACGUCUAGUGAACGCUGAUUGGAUAUGAUACUGCUCAGUGUUUUUAGAGCCUUUCUUGGCUUAAUUUUGAGAAGUUUUCUGGAUCUCCCCAACAGAUAAUAAUAGAAUUUUAAGUCAUUUCGUCAGUACAUAAGCCUUUUUAGUAUAGCAACCAUUAUUUGCUUACUUUUCUUAAUGCUAAACAUUUGUAACUCAUUUGAAGUAAUGGUGACUCUUCAUAGAACAUCUCACCUGGAGACAUCUAACACUGUUAUAUCCCGGUGAAGAUUAAAUUACAAGUAACUCCCGAUGCCUAUUAAUGGACUAAUAUUCUAUAAAUAUUCUUAUUGUAAAACUAUUGAAUAACUAGAUUAUGUAUAUUUAUAUUCCUCUUAUUAUAAGCUUUAUUUUGACCUAUAUUUUAUUAUUGUACGAUUUACGAUUCUUAAGCUAUGCUCAGUCUAUUAAUUACUGUCCCCCUCGUUCACAGCCACUUUUGGGCUUAUUUGUGUAUACAUGUUAUUUUCUAUUUUAUGGCACGUUGUGGUCUGUCUGAUUGAUAUAUAAACCGAGUAUGUCUGAAAUAAACGAUUCGAUUCGAUUCGAUUCAUAUUACAGAAACUGGUAUUGUGUUCUGGACUCAAGUGGAAGGGUUAGGAGGACAUAGGACCAAUCAGGACGCAAAACUGCUCAUACCGGUUGAACGUCAUUGGUUUGGCAUAGUGCGAAAUUGUAUAAGUCGUAUUCUGACUGGUCGAUAAGUCGCGUGACAGAAAGCCAGACAUCAAGGUCAUAACAAACACCUUGAUUGUGAUUCGCAUUUAAGGGAAUAUUCGGUAUGACGGAAUUCGUGUGUUUGAAAUCAUCGUGUGAACUAAACUUCUGCAGCUUGUCUCAAUAUGUUGAUUUUACUGAAUGUGCUAUGCUCAACAAGAAAAUAAACGAUCUAACACUCAUUUUAAUCACGAUUAAAAUACGACAUCAAUCAACAUCCAUAUUAAAAUCUAAAUUCUGAAAUUGAAUUUAUAGGUAAUUCAGUGCCACUGUGUACUGACUAUAUUGGUAAAUUUUGAAGUCAACAUAUGAAUACCACGAACAAAUGAGGUUACGUACUAAUCAAGGGGUAAGGAAGAAAAUAAUUUAUGGGUCAGAUAAUAGUCCAAUCGGCAAAUAUGAAGAAAAGCGACAAACACAAAGGUCAUAAUAAUAGAGUUGUAAUGGGUUCUUGUGGUGUUUGAACGUCGUAAUGAUACCUUUUU